GUAGCGGCGGGGGCUGGGCCGGAGCUGGGCGCGUAGGCGGGGCGGGGGAAGGGCAGGGAGCCGGGAGGAGCGCCGUGCGGGGGCUGCCGCCCGCCGGCUCCCGCCGCCCCCUCGGGAGGGUCCCGCCCUCGUCCCUGCCCCGCUCAGCGCCGCGUCAGGACUGCCCCCCGUUCCCCUCCCUCGCCGCACCGGUCCCGGCGGCCUCGCUGCCCGCGCCCGGGGCAGCCGUCCCCAUCGGGGCCCCGCUCCGCCGCCUGCGGGCUGCGCGGCCCCCGCAGCCCCCGGGCCCGGGCCCGCCGGGCGCCGCCGGGAUGAGCAGCUCGCGGAACAACCGGGUGAUGGUGGAAGGAGUCGGGGCCCGAGUGGUCCGAGGCCCGGACUGGAAGUGGGGGAAGCAGGACGGCGGCGAGGGCCAUGUGGGCACCGUCCGGAGCUUCGAGAGCCCCGAGGAGGUGGUCGUGGUGUGGGACAACGGAACGGCCGCCAACUACCGCUGCUCCGGGGCCUACGACCUCCGCAUCCUGGACAGCGCGCCCACCGGUAUCAAGCAUGAUGGGACAAUGUGUGAUACUUGUCGGCAGCAACCCAUCAUUGGCAUCCGAUGGAAAUGUGCUGAAUGCACUAAUUAUGACUUGUGCACAGUUUGCUAUCACGGGGACAAACAUCACUUGAGACAUCGUUUUUACAGGAUUACCACACCGGGAAGUGAAAGGGUAUUGUUGGAGUCUCGCCGUAAAUCAAAGAAAAUUACAGCAAGAGGAAUCUUUGCAGGUGCCAGGGUGGUGCGAGGAGUUGACUGGCAAUGGGAAGAUCAAGAUGGUGGCAAUGGGCGUAGAGGAAAGGUAACUGAAAUCCAAGAUUGGAGUGCCUCGAGUCCGCAUAGUGCAGCAUAUGUUCUUUGGGACAAUGGUGCUAAAAACCUAUACAGAGUUGGCUUUGAGGGCAUGUCUGACCUGAAAUGUGUCCAAGAUGCAAAAGGUGGCUCUUUCUAUAGGGACCAUUGUCCUGUAUUAGGUGAGCAAAAUGGGAACAGAAAUCCCGGUGGACUGCAAAUAGGUGACCUUGUAAACAUUGACCUUGAUUUGGAAAUUGUACAGUCUUUGCAGCAUGGUCAUGGAGGAUGGACCGAUGGCAUGUUUGAAACUUUAACAACAACUGGAACAGUUUGUGGCAUUGAUGAAGAUCAUGACAUUGUAGUACAAUAUCCAAGUGGCAACAGGUGGACGUUUAAUCCAGCUGUUCUCACAAAAGCCAACGUUGUCCGAAGUGGAGAUGCUGCUCAAGGUGCAGAAGGAGGUACCUCUCAAUUUCAAGUGGGUGACCUUGUUCAAGUAUGUUAUGACCUAGAGCGAAUCAAGCUUCUUCAGAGAGGUCAUGGAGAGUGGGCUGAAGCAAUGCUUCCGACUUUAGGUAAAGUUGGUCGGGUCCAGCAGAUCUAUUCAGACAGUGACUUAAAGGUAGAGGUUUGUGGAACAUCUUGGACCUAUAAUCCAGCAGCUGUCUCAAAGGUGGCAUCAGCAGGAUCCGCUAUAAGUAAUGCGUCUGGUGAGAGAUUGUCCCAACUAUUGAAGAAAUUAUUUGAGACCCAGGAAUCUGGAGAUCUCAAUGAAGAAUUGGUUAAAGCUGCUGCCAAUGGAGAUGUUGCUAAAGUGGAAGACCUUCUAAAAAGACCAGAUGUAGAUGUGAAUGGACAAUGUGCUGGACACACAGCUAUGCAAGCUGCUAGUCAGAAUGGCCAUGUCGACAUUCUGAAGUUGCUUCUGAAACAGAAUGUGGAUGUAGAAGCAGAGGACAAAGAUGGAGACAGGGCUGUCCAUCAUGCAGCCUUUGGUGAUGAGGGUGCAGUGAUUGAAGUUCUACACCGAGGCAGUGCAGAUCUGAAUGCUCGCAACAAACGUAGGCAGACUCCACUUCAUAUUGCUGUCAACAAAGGUCAUCUGCAAGUUGUGAAGACUUUACUGGACUUUGGCUGCCAUCCUAGUCUCCAGGAUUCUGAAGGUGACACUCCACUUCAUGAUGCAAUAAGUAAAAAGCGUGAUGACAUUCUUGCUGUGUUGUUAGAAGCUGGAGCAGAUGUUACUAUCACCAACAACAAUGGGUUUAACGCUCUUCACCAUGCUGCACUACGAGGAAACCCUAGUGCAAUGCGUGUAUUGUUGUCCAAGUUACCACGACCGUGGAUUGUUGACGAGAAAAAGGACGAUGGCUACACUGCCUUGCAUCUGGCAGCUCUCAAUAAUCACGUGGAAGUGGCUGAACUUUUGGUGCAUCAGGGCAAUGCUAACCUGGAUAUCCAGAAUGUUAACCAGCAGACUGCUUUGCACCUUGCCGUUGAACGACAGCAUACACAAAUUGUUAGGCUCUUAGUCCGUGCAGGUGCGAAGCUGGAUAUUCAGGAUAAAGAUGGGGAUACUCCCCUGCAUGAGGCCUUGAGACACCACACCCUGUCACAGCUCCGCCAGCUUCAAGACAUGCAAGAUGUGGGCAAGGUAGAUACUGCUUGGGAGCCAUCAAAGAACACAUUAAUAAUGGGACUUGGCACUCAGGGAGCAGAGAAGAAGAGCGCAGCAUCUAUUGCCUGCUUCCUGGCAGCCAACGGAGCUGACCUCAGCAUUCGUAAUAAGAAGGGUCAGUCUCCUCUUGAUCUCUGCCCUGAUCCUAGUCUCUGCAAAGCAUUGGCUAAAUGUCACAAAGAAAAAGUCAGUGGUCAGGUUGGUUCCCGAAGUCCAUCUAUGAUCAACAAUGAUUCUGAAACCUUAGAAGAAUGCAUGGUGUGUUCAGACAUGAAGAGAGAUACCCUGUUUGGCCCAUGUGGACACAUUGCCACAUGUUCUCUGUGCUCACCACGGGUGAAAAAAUGCCUCAUCUGUAAAGAACAAGUUCAGUCUAGGACGAAGAUUGAAGAGUGUGUAGUAUGUUCAGACAAAAAAGCAGCAGUGCUUUUCCAGCCUUGUGGUCAUAUGUGUGCUUGUGAGAAUUGUGCAAGCUUGAUGAAGAAAUGUGUACAAUGUCGGGCAGUGGUUGAGCGAAGAGUGCCUUUCAUAAUGUGCUGCGGAGGGAAAGGCGCAGAAGAUACCACUGAUGAUAUUUCAAGUGGUAACAUUCCGGUUUUGCAGAAAGACAAAGACAACACCAAUGUCAAUGCGGAUGUACAGAAGCUGCAGCAACAGUUACAAGACAUCAAGGAACAGACCAUGUGCCCUGUUUGUUUGGAUCGUCUGAAGAACAUGAUCUUUCUCUGUGGCCACGGGACGUGUCAGCUUUGUGGAGACCGAAUGAGCGAAUGCCCUAUUUGCCGAAAGGCCAUUGAACGAAGGAUCCUUUUGUAUUAAGUAGUGGAACAUGUGUCUUCUAUUAGCUUGUGAAAGAAAUACUUCUUUCCAUUUUUCAGGAUUUCUUCAACUUCGGUUUAUAUGACAGGUCUGUAUGAGAACAUAGCAUUUUCAGGUAUCUUUUAAAAACUUUUUUCUGUGAAAACGGUUGAUGCAGAUUGUCAAAAUACAGUUUAAAUAGCCACUUGUUCUUCGCUUUUGCUUUUCUGUAGCCGAUCAUUGGAAGUGAUGGUAACAGCUUUGGCAUAGGCUUGAGACUUGGCCUCUAGGGGUUCAGCCCCUAAGGUUGGUCACAAUGGAAACUGAUGUCUAUGCUGGUGUUUGGUAUUGGUGUUUUUAGACUUUGAGAAUGCUGCUUCAUGUUGUUAAUUACUUAUAAUACUUUCUAAUACAAAUGCUGUGUAAUAUCAUUAAUCUCUGUAUAAUGCACUUUGCUGUUUUAAUUCCAGCUGUAACUAGUAAUGCAGCCAUCUGUUUGCAACAGGGAUGAUGAAUCUGCAGAUUUCCUUCAGAUUUGACAAACAGUUAAAGGCAGAGGGUGCUUCUUUAUGGGUGUACUCUGUUUUAUUUAGGAAAAGAAAAAUUAGCAGCAGUAUUUGAAUAAAAAGUGAAAGCCUUCCUUUUCAGACUUGAUUUUCCACAGUACAGAAAGGCAGUUUCAGUUAGGACCAAUGUCAUUGAAGACCAUCUUCUUCCUCUUUGUGCAGCCAUAUUCAAGUCAACAAAGUAGCAUGCAUAGGAAAGCUUUUACUUUAAAUGCUUUUCUUGAUGUUUAUGAAAAGAUUUUGGCUGAAAGUUACUCUAGGGAUUUAAAUGCUUUAUUCUUUUUGCAGUUAUGAGAGUAGGCUAUCCAGAAAAUACUAUUUAAAAAAAAAAAAGAAAAAAAGGGCCAUUUUUAGCAUAAUGCUAUGAUGGAUUGAAAUUAAUUUAAAUUACGUUGGAAAUCAAGAACUAUACUUGUUGAUACUGUAAAAGUUUUGUUCUGUUACAAUACAAGACUUCAAGUUGUAGGAAACUUAAAGUUGUAGGAAGCUUAGUGUAAGAUCUACUAUUUAUAGUGAGGGUUUCUUGGGGCUUACUUAACCUGCCCUAAAGAGGAUAAGGCAAAAUUGCAUAAGAUUAGGAAAAUACACUUGUGAGAACGUACUGACUCCUAGCCACACUAUAACACCGUUUCACUGCAUUUUCUUUAGAAAUCAGUCUGCGGGGGAGGUGAGUAGACAAACUGAAAUCCGAGCCGAUUUCCCCAGUGGUGCUUGUGCAUCCUAAAAUGUAUGAGAGUUUCUUCCACAAGGGGUCAGUAGCACCCCUUUUUGUGAGAAGUUUUUUUGUAAUAUAAGCACAAAGCAAACAAGGAAUAAGGGUAAUGAUGAUUGCAUUAAUAUGUGGGUGGACCAGACCUCACUUGUCCCCUUCUUCAAGCAGGAUAAGUAUAAUUAGCUUAUUUGCUGACUUCAGUAAGCACCAUAUUCCAUCCUCUGACUCUCAUGUGACAUGAACAUUGCUACUAUUGAUUAGGGCAAAGUUCCAGUGGAGUGUUUACCUUUAGCUCUGGUUGAAAGUAUUCAUUUAGUCUAGCUUUUUUUCAGAAGCAUUCAGUUGGAGCAGAUAAACUAUAUGAGAGAGCUUGUCCAGGGGGCAGGGAAAAAGAAUUCUGGUAUGAGUGUCCCACAUACUCUUUAUGAUAACCAUAGUCUCCCUAGAUGGCUAGAGCUGAUUAAUAUUUUCUACCCUAUAGUACACAGCUUAUAGUGAAAUAUGCUUUGAAGCCUAUCAGCCUGCUCAGUGGAAGGAAUGUCCAGCUUCUCAAGGCUUCCCCGAGUAUGCAAGUUACUUGGAGACAGGAGUUUCAAGUAACUCAUUAUCUUUCCACCAAGAGGCUGAACACACCAGACAGCUAUUCCCUAGACAAAAAUUUCCAACCUUUGUACCAAAGUCAUAUUUCACAAAUAGGAAUCUUAAGUGUGGUCAAUGUCAUUCAGGUUGGCACAGGUUUUUACUUAACACUUGCUAAAUUUACAAGGGACCUUCCUUACCUUCAUGUUUGCAACUCUUCAUUCUCUCUUUUGUAUCUGUUUUUGUGUUUCAUGUCUUCAGGGCUUCUGCCCCUCACUACUCAAGUCCUCCAGUUCUUUCUUUGUCUGUUUUCAUUCAUAGCAGAACUGUGUGUUAAAUCUUUCUUGGAGUCCCUUCUCAAUGUGGUGCCUUCCUUGACUCAUUAAAAUUAAUCUCCAUUACAUUGAAGUUGGCACAGUGCCUUCAUGUAAGCGGAGUGGGGCCCCAUCCUUUUUUCUGACACCUAUCUUAAUUGCAUAUACUGACAUGAGGAAUUCCUGAAGUCAGUCUUAGCAAAAUUUGACACUAAUUUAUCAACAACCCUUAUUUCUCUAUAUUGGUAGAAAAUUAAUGGAUACCACUUAGGUGGUAGUGGUAUAUGGGUGCUUCUUUUGGUCUGGUUUCAACUGUAGUAGACGGUAUGAGGAAAAUUGGGAACAAGUAAAUGUUUAGGGUGGAGUUUGUUGUUUGUUUUGGUUUUGUUUUUCCAUUAGCUGCCUGAAAUUUCCAUUGUUACUGUAUCUCAGAUUUAUUUUUUGGUGAAGAAGUCCUUCCCAGAGAAACUCAAUUUGAAUGGAAGCUACUGUGUCUCAGUCAUGUCUGUCUUGCCCACUUAAGUUGCCUGGAGGAAGUCUGUUCAGUUUGGUAGGAUCUAUUGCAAGGGUAUGGGGGUUGUUAAAGAGAAAGUUUCCAUUGUUGGUCAUCUUGCUGCCUCUGUAGAGCAGCAUGAAAAAGUUCUGCCUCUUUGAAUGAAGUAGAUCUGAAACCACGUUUCAGGUAAUACUCUUCCUACUAAGAUUUCAUAAUCCCUACUGUUUAACAUGUCUUGUGAUACUCUGUAUGAAAGCUGUAUAAGAUAAAUAGCAAUUAUACAGCAUUUAUUUCCCAGUGAGCAUGUUAGUAUAGUUUGUUGGCUUUCAAAUACAAUGCCAUCAUUUGCCCUCUCUUCCUUCUUUGCAAUGAGACCUAUAAAAUAAAGGCUGCUUCAGAGCUAUGUAGACAAGACUCCUUUUCCUAACACAAAGGACCUAGUUAAGCUGUUCCAUGUAUAGCCUUACAAUUCAAAGCAUCAAGCCCAAGGUUUUUGACUGUAUUUGUCUGAUCUAUAGCACUGGGCACAUGAAGCAUUUAAUUCAUACUAUUACUGGGUUUUGGUCAGGUCAUUCCAAUGGGGAGUCUUCAUGUAAUUUGUUCUCUGAAACUGUUCUCCCACUACUUCAUAUGGAGUCUAGAAGCAUUUCACACCUUCUUGUUGGGAUAGAAAAGUGUGUUAAAAUAAGGAGGUGGAGAAACCUAAAACUAAACUGCAGUCGUGGGCUUAAUUAUUGGGAAUUUUGUGAGGAGGGAAACUCAGAUGGUAAAUUUGACUGAGAGUAGAGUGGUCUCUUGAAGUGUUUUAAAUUCUUCAGUUCCCUCUCUUGAGAGCUUUCGUCAUGGAUACUUUGAGUCCUGCAACUCUGCUGUCUCCUUUGCAUGGCCCACCACUGUGUAUAGGUCCCUACACAAACUCUUCCUGUGAUGAUAUCUCCUAGAAACUGAAACUAUUCCACAUGUGGAGAAGGUAAAUGUGGGAGUUAAAAGGCAGUCCCUGAUGCAGAAGUUACAAAUCUGCUGUUCUGCCUAAUACAACUCUCAUGUCCCGUGACACACACAAAAGUAAAGGAGUAAGUGAUCUUGACUUGGAUUUACUGUGAACUGUUUGUGCCUGCAAACAAGCAGCAGUGUGAAAAAGCUACUGCAGAUCGACUGCUCAGUAAUGAGCUGUGUGAGGUGCUUGCCCUGCAGCAGGCAGUAGUUGUAGGCCACUGACACUUUUAAAGUGCUGCAGCCCAGUAGGCUUGAGUGGGCCAAGCCCUCUGGGCAUCUACUUAUCCAUAAAGCCAUGUCAGCUCAGGACAAACAGCAUGGAAAUGAAUUAGAUAUUAAAAGCAUGUAUUUAUUAACAGGAUUUGGAUACCAGUUAUUUAAUUUUAGGCUUUAUCUGCUACGCUGAAUCAAAUGGUGACACCAAGAUUUGGUAAGCUGUUAUUGAGCACUCCAAGAAAAGUUAGUUGCUGGCUGAUUUCAUAGUUUUGCUUUUGCAGGAGUUAAGACUUUGAGGAGGUAGUUAAAUAGUCUUAAAACAAAACAACAACACAAGACAUCUAGACUAGGAUUUAGAAAAGGAAGUAUCUUUUUUUUUUUUUCCCCCACUUCUGUUUGGGAGCUGUGCCUGGUUUUAAUUUCCUUUGCCAAUUUUCAUUUAGCCAAAAAUGCUGCUGUAAUUGCUACUUGCUGUUGGGAUUGACCGAAACCAUACAUACAUCCCAUGCGUCUGUCCCUUCUGUUCCCCAGCACCACCCUCCCUCUCACCAAAGAGUCCUUCCAUGUGAGAAUGUACUCAUGGGGUUAUAGGAGAGCUGGUGUUAUCCUUGGUAGCUUUCCCGGGCAAGGAAAGGACUUGAUUCUCUAAUGUUGAUUUGGUCUAGUCUUUUUCUUUCUAUCUUCAGCAAUCACGUGUAGGGCUGUCUUAGUUAUUUCAGGUGACAUGUAAUUUUGAGAGGAAACCAAUGGGGGCAUUACUGCUGUGCCUGGAAUUUUCAGAUUUGGUCUGUCCUUUCCUACAAAACUUUUUCUAGGGAAGACAGGUAAGGGCUUGGGACAUCCUAGGUUAAGCUCUUCCCUGCCAUGGCCAAAUACUAACUUGGGUGAUACUCUGUGAGCUGCAGUGUUAAAAGGGGAGGUAUAGCUUAAGACAUCUUGGUGGCACAAUGCCCUGUCAGUUGUAGACAGCAGUGAGAGCAGAAGUGCAGUGCAUAUGAGUUAACGCAAUAUUUUACUAGUUAGUACCUCUGGCUCUUCUUGAAGGAUAGCUAACCUAUAAGGAGGUGAGUAGUACCACAAGGAACCUGGACACAGACAUUCCCCAAAGCUUUAGAGCAAGGUUCUCAAGCAGCUGUGUGCAUCCUUGGAUUGAUGAUCAGAUUAGAAAUGAGGGUAUCUAAAAGACACCAACUUUGAGUAUUUGAGUGAAAUUGUCCCUCCCUUUAUUAAUUUAUUUCCUCCCAAUACAGAAAGAACAUCUGAAGGAAGAAGGGAAGCUAACAAACUUAGCUCAUUUUGCUGUGAAGUGUUUAUAUACAGCAUUGGAGACCUCUGUAGAUAACUGUGAGUCUGGAUGGGGGAGGAGGGGGAGAGGGCAGAGGAGAGAGAGGCCUUUAAUGACGUGUUACGUUAUUGAUGGAAUUUCUAACCCAGAGGAGAACUGCCUGCCUCGGAGCUGAGGUCGGUAGUGUUACCCACAGUAACUGGUUGUGCUUGUUCAUAGUUAAUUUUUAUUUUAUUGCUCAGGUCAAAGAUAAGCUGGUGGCUCUGCUCAGUGUGGUGAGUAUCUGGGAAGAGCCGCGUAUUUCUGCUGAACACAGCUGCCAAAACUGGAGCAAGCCAAGGGAGAGCAGUUCUUUUGUCAGGGACAGAAAUGUGUUCUGACACAACUUUCUUAUCAAAGGGAAGGAUUUUUCACCUCAGGAGGAAGUUUGGCUGGAAAGGCAUUGGAUAAUUUCUUUUUUUUUCAGCUCUGAGGGAAGUCCUGUAUAAAUUUUUCUGUAAAUAUAAUAGUUCUGCUUCUGACUGUCCUCUGGAGAGAACGUUAGUGGCUGUAGACGUGGGAAAUAAUAAAGUUGACUAAACUGCUUUUAAUCCAAGUAAGUUAGCAAAUACACCUUGCAUGCUCACAGCCAGGAGCUAUUUGCUCUUGGUUCAUGCCAUAGAGCAAUCAAAAAAUAGUUAUCUUUUUUUUCCUAUUUUUUUAUUCCAAGUGUUUCUGAAGUUUCCCUUGAUCCUUUCCAAGCCAUCAGCUUGUAGUUAAAUUGAAACCUAGUCUUUUUUUUUGGUGAACACUUUGUGUGACGGGUGCUAUUUGCUUGUGUUACAGCUUAAACUUGGAUAGAUUUGUUUAAACAUUAAGAACCUAUGUCUGUUAUAAAGAAACUGCUCUAAUAAAGUUGAAGAAGCUGUUCCUUUUCUAAUUGAGGCCUUUAUGCUGGGUUUGGUUAGAUUUAAUUUCUGUGCGUUUCCUGAGUCUUUACUCGGACCUCUUAGUUCUGUGCUACCCCUCUUUCCUGAGUGUGAAAUGAGAAGAAUAUUGCUUGGGGAUGCUAGCAGAACUCUGCUGGUGUAGGCUAGGGAGCCUACAAAGCAUAAAUUCGUUUCCAAGUGUAUGCAGUGCUGUACCAGCUCAGCUCAGUGUUUUCCUGAUGGAAAACUAAAACCUAGUACUAGUGCUAUGUUAGCAUUGCCAAAGACCAAGUAGACAUAAAAUGAACUGAUACCUUGAGCUGUCUAAACAACAGGAAUUAUUAACUUGUAAUUAUAUGUAAAUGCAUGUUUUAUUAUAGUUAAGUAACUGCUUAUACUUUUGCGUAUUGAAGCUUUAAUGGAAGAAAGUUGUAUUGUAUACAGUUACUGAGUUGUAUUACUAAGUGAGCUGACAAAAUGCCAGCUUUUGGGUUGGGAUGUUUUUCUGAGUUGGUUUCUCGGUGAUCUUGUCAGCCCACUGGAGCACUUCAGUAAUGACUCUGAAGCUUGACCUGCCGCAGCCAGUGGGUGUCACUGCAAGCAUUAGAGUGAGGGAAGAACAGUUUUGGGGAGCAAGAAUAAAAGUUCAAGUGUAAAUGUUACUAUUUUUUUAAAGCUAGAAAUAUAGAAAAAUAGAUGCAUUAAAUACUUGCUUACUAACUGUAAGCAGUUGCCAAGAUGUUUCUUGGAGAUGCUUAGAAAAGGUUUGAAAAGCUUAAUCUAUUUAUUUUUUUAAGAUGGUCAGGGCCAGAUUGUCUGGUGUAAGAAGUGUCACGGCCAACUUGCUUUGUCAUUUUAGCCCCAGAUGCCCACUUGCUUCCUAGUGCUGUUAUGCACCUCAGAUACGAGACUGGCUUGAAAAAAGAAGAAGAAAAAAAAAAAAUUAAAAAAAAAAAAAAUCCCAGAGCAGGCUUUCCUGAAAUCCUUUGAAACCACUUAUAUGAAAUUCUUGGUGUUUGCAGAUCCAAGUGCUAAAGGUCACUCUGACUCAAAGCACCCAUCUUCCCCAGACAGCUCACCAUCCCCAAAACCAGACUAGCUCUGAAGCAAACUCCCUUUCAAGCCGGUGCCACGAGAAGAUGUGCAUAUACCCUCCUGGCCAGCCCUCCACCUCCCACCAUCACACAAACAAACCAGCUGCGCAAGCUUUGAACUGUUUACAUGAUAUACAUUACCUAACGGUGCCUGCACUUUUGGAAGGGCCCCUCUUACACAGGUCGUUGCUAAGGCUCGCGUAGUCUCUGCCUAUGUUAUCAUGAGGAUGACAGUUUAAACAGGCCUUAUCGCUGUGUAUUCAAUCAAGGUUUAUGAGGGCUGAUAAAGAUGUCACCUAGUUGCUUUGUGUGUUCAUUAAAACCCUAUUGCCCAGUAGGGCUCUGCUGUAUUAUGUUCUUUUUUCCCCUUCUUUGCUGAUUCUUAGCCGUCUUCUGAAGAGAGAGCUACAUGUAGGAAGGGAUGGUGUCGUUCUUACUUUAGUAUUUCUCAUAUUUCUAUGGGAAAGAAUGAAAAAAUCCCCCAAACAACCACACAAUUAGUAUCUGGGUUGACAUAACCCUAUCUGUAUUUAAUAUCUCGUGUUAUCGUAAUUGCUUAUUUAAUAAUUCAAUAAACUUUCCUAAGUUUAGCUUACACAUGGCAGUAAAGUGUCUUGUGUGCGCUUUAUCUUCUGUCUUGUGUUGCUGCUGAAGGUUAUGUUGCUGCUGAAGGUAGGUUGGGAAGGGGUUUGGUGCUACUCAUGAUACAAGAUGUUGGAGAUUGAGCUCCUGUUGCUGUUUUUCCUGAUAGAUGUAGACUGCAUAUUUGCAACACAGAAACGUAAACCCUGUUGACAUACUGUUUUGAUUGUCAAAGCUGAAGAAAUUAUUGCAAUAAAUAGGUGGUCAUAAAAAAUACAUCAAUAAUUUUCAGGUUAUGAUGAAUAGAACUAGAAAGUAGGCAAAGAUUAAGUCUUUGUCUUGUAAGAUCCAUUUCUAAGUGGUUUGUUGUUGUGGGUUUUUUUUCUCAACCCAUGUCCUUUUCCUAGCUGUAUUUUAAAAUAAACACUUUGUCCUAAUUGUAUCUGAUACUAUGUCCAGUUCUGCCCAUCUUCAGAAAAAUCUCAUUUCUCCAGUAAGCAGGAGUUGCUCAGUUGCAUUUUCGUUGUUUUAAGUAAAAUUUGUUGUAAAACGAAUCAGUUAUACAAAACCAUAAUGAAAAAUUAUUAGUAGCAGCUGUUUGCUGUAAAAGAGGAAAAUGCUGAAGGACUCUGUUGUCUGAAAAGAACUGAAAAUAUCUAAGAGGCACAAGACCCCAGUUCAGGCUCAGAUCAAUUGAGAUUAAGCAUGUGUGUUUAGACUCUUUUGAAAAAUGGGGAGAAACUGAAUAUUCAAUUGAUUCCUUAGAUCCCCAGGUCAUAGUAAAUUCCUAUUAUUUACACUGCAGCAUAUUGGCCCUCUCUCCAUCCUAUAAACUUUGUGAAUACUAAUGUCUGUCGGCAUUUCAGAAAUGAUUCUUUCACUUUGUUUACAAUUUUUCUGCUGCUGGCAAGCAUGGGACUAUCAAAGGCUUUAAUGCAGUGCAUGUGCAUUUCAUAAUAAAAUGUUAUUCUAUGAGGGUAAUAACACUUACUAGAGAUCAGUAAUAAAAUGAAAAACAGUGCCUCUCCACCAUCACUUGUUAACACUUCUAAUGAUUGUUUGCAUAUUAACACUAAUUUGUUAUAUGCUUCCAUUUUAGCUCUGUUCUGGCUGGCCUAAGCACGAGACACUUGUAUAUAUAAUACUUAUGGAUAGCUGUGCUGGCUACUGAUCUCUGCAAUAAAAGUUACUGUAGCAUGA